ACUUGGGUGCUAACUCCACUCAGUCCAGCAGCGCCGGCACCUUCCCCCAAGGACCUCAUGGCAGUCCAGCGAUGAGUACUACUUUCGUUAUUGGUGAAUCCCCAGGGAAUGGCUCAGCUUGCCAAAUCCAGGACGACCUCUUAGCAGUGACGCUGCCUGUGAUGUAUUCCAUCAUCUCCCUCUUGGGCUUCUUCUGCAAUGCGCUGGCCCUCUGGGUGUUCUAUUUUGGCACGCAGAAGAAAAACUCCAUCACUGUGUACAUGAAGAACCUCGCCCUGGCAGACCUCUUCCUUGCCCUGUGCCUGCCUUUCCGGGCAGCAUAUCAAAACCACAGUGGCCCUCCCGAGCUCUGCAAGGUGGUUGGCAUCAUCUUCUACCUUACCAUGUAUGUCAGCAUCGGGCUCCUCAGUCUGAUCAGCCUGGAUCGCUACCUGAAGAUCAUCCGGCCCCUCCAACAAUUCCGGAUCCACGCUGUGACUCACAGCACCACUGCUUCCAGACUGGUAUGGCUGCUCUGCAGUGCCACGAUGCUUCCUUUCUUUUUCGAAGGCCGCGAGAAAACUGGGCCCUGUGCCCACAAAUGCUUCCAUUUUAAGAACAGAAGUGAGCUGGGGGCAACACUCAAUCUGGUGGCAGUGGCCACUUUCUUUGUCCUACUGAUUUUUUUCCUGUACUCCUACGGCAAAAUCUCCCUCAAGCUCCACAAAGUCUCCUUAAGGAAAACACAGCAGCAGAGCAAAAAGACUAGUGCUAGAGUCAUACCCAAGACCUUUGUUGUCCUUGCCAUUUUCAUAAUAUGCUUCACCCCCUACCAUGUGGUCCGAGUACCCUACAUUCUUGCCCAGGUAAAGAUCAUCUCUGAUCCAAGGAGUGUACAAGCCCUCCACCUUACUAACGAACUUGUUCUCUGUAUCUCGGCCCUCAACUGCUGCUUUGACCCAGUGAUUUUCUUCUUCCUCUCCAGCAGUUUCAAGAGAGCUGUGCUGGCGGCUCUGCGUGGGAAACUGAAAGCAGUAUUUCAGAAGAAUGAGGGAGUCUUAAACACUAGAAAAUCCAUCACAGACUCUCGAGUCCAGAGAUCGGAGUUACAGGUUGAGGAAGGACCUCUGGAGAGGCAGUGA